AUGUCGGCGGCAUUCUCUACUUCUUGCAAUCUUGUCAUGCUGCCCAGUCCCGGCAAGGGCAACUUCACUGGAGAUGCUGCUCAAGGGGCGUGCUUGUCUGCGGCCGGCUCGCGGCAACUUCCUUCAGGCGGGCAGACGAUCUUCGACGGCAUAGGUUUGGAGUAUCGUUGCGACAAUCGCGCGUUCGACUUCACCUUCAAGAUUCCUACUCGAGCCCUGUGUAGCUGCGAUGGCGCCCUCGACCUGGCACAACUCGGCUUGAACGACAAGUCUGGCGUCAAUGCUAAUGCUUGUGGAUUGGCAGAGCGCCAGAAUCAUCCACUUGCUGCCGGGCACAUCGGCGCUGGCGGAGUCGUUGGAAUCGUGCUUGGGACGAUGAGUUUCCUAGCGCUGUGCGGGACAAUCGCUACCGUGGCGCUUAGAAGACGCAAGAGUCCCGGUGAAGGACGCCAUGUCGAAAGCGCAACCACGGCCUUUGCGCGCAUCUGGGCAAGGACGAGAAUGCACCGACGCGGUGGAGAAAACAUCGAGCUCGCAACGACCUCAGUCAACAGCUCUGCUUCUGAUACGCCAUCUAUAGCAACAGCUAGCACCUCGAACAGCGCUGAGACUGCCCUUUCUUUAGCUUCCUCUAGCAGCGACCGACAAUUGACUUUUUCCGGAUCUGCAACAAGCUCAGCGAACACCUCUGUCGAAGGGCUUGACGCGCAACAGGAGAGGCAGACGUCGCGAGUGCUGGAGGAGCAAGUGGAGCCGAGUUCCAAGUAG